ACAAGGCCGCAACUGCCAGCAGCAAGACAGGAAUCGCAACCGCGAGCCGGUGAGAAAUGGAGGGACGCCCCCGCGGCGGCGGCGGCGGCGGCCGGACCGCCAUGGACUACUCGCUGGCGGCGCUGAAGCUGUUCGCCUCGCAGCUGGCGGGCUCCACCACGGCCCCCUCCUCCGAGGGCUCCUCCCCCGCGCAGAUGCUCUUCGGCAUCCGCUUCCAGCGCGCCUGGAUCCAGGGCGUGGUGGUGCGCGCGGACUACAGCGUCGGCGACGGGAGGCUGUUCGUGGAUGACGGCUCCUGCGUCACCGAGCUCAUGCUCCGGCCCGAGGAUGCCAAGGGCCAGCCCUGGCGCCCAGGGAUGUAUGUGCUCAUUAUUGGGGCAUAUAUUGCACCCCAGUCUACGGAAAGUCUGCCGAUGGUCAAGGUGCACAAGAUAGUGGAUCUCUCAGCGCAGCCGGACCGUGAAGCGAUGUGGUACAUGGAAGUCGCCGAGGCGUACAACUUCUUCUACAAGGCUGACGCCUCUGGGGUCGGCUCACCGCCAUGAGCACUCCUUGGUCUCUACUGAGUCCUGAUGAUCAGUUUCGGUGUAGGGCUCUUAACAUCACUGCCACUGCUUCCCUCUGUACCCGUGCUUGCGUGGCUGGUGCCCCUGAUCUGCUCCUCAUGACUGCUGCAUUGUCGCAGAUUGCUGCUGGUAACUUAAGAGAGUGCCCCUCUGGUGGUGUGACUUGUUUUUGUCAGAUGAACUCUGGUGCACAUCCAACAGCGAGAAAUUUGAUUGGAAUCUCUCGACCUUUCAUGCGUCAUAAUGUCUCUUGGCUCUUGAGCAGGGUUCUUCGCCUGGGGGUGCGGUCAAUUUUGUGAACACGUUAUGGUUUGAGCUCACUACACUUACGAGAUUCAGUAAAAAAAAUCCUAGCAUCAGAUCCGGCGUCCACGAAGCAUUUUGGUUGUCAGAAACAACUGCUUUAUUUAUAUUUAGGAAACUAGCCUAUAGAACUGUUUUUUGUUUGUGAAAAAGCCUAUAGAACUUUUUUUUUGGCAUAUAGAACUGUUGCAAUAUCAUUUUGGUUAAUACACUAGAUUUUGACUAAAGAAAAUAACAGAAUCUGUAGAAAGAAACAACUUCGGCAAAUUAUGAUUUGUUUCUAGCAAAAAUAAAUGCAGCAUAUUUUUGAUUCA